AUCCUCAAAGAUAUACUAGUUCGAGCAAAACUCUCAAAGCGGCUAUGACACGUGGAUAGGAGUUGUGUAGGCCUGUCAACCCAUUGUUAUCACCUACUUUCAUGGCGCUUUAGAAAUGUGUUAAACUACACAAUCAGUAAUAAAAUCUAUAUACAAAAGGGACAAGGUUGAAAAACAAAGUACAGUUCGAAAAUAUAACAAUGUCUACAAAACAAUGAGUGGCUGUUCAAAACUAAUUAAAGAGGUAUAUUUUAAGGCUCCUUUUGAAGUUCUGGAUAGAGUUCGACUUACGCAAUGCAAGGCAAGUGGCAGAUUAUUCCAUAAUCUCGGGUUACAUACAUUAAUUGCCCUGUCAACAUAGGUAUUUGUGAAAGACCUCGGCUGAUCUAACAGUUGACGUCAUCACUUAGAUGUAAAUCGCACACUGACACUAUGUUUUGAGAACCGCUGAACUUCAGUUGCUCUAUAUUUGGCCUAGGAACUUAACUGACAGUCUACCCUCAAUUGGCAGAUCACGUGUAGUCUUGUGUAAAUAUUUUCACAAGCCUGCGUUGUGCAAGCCUCGCACAAGUAUAAACUGUGCGUAAUUUACACAGCGGUAUAUGUCCAGUCGGGUUUGCAUAGCUCUCCAUUUCCUUGUCCUUGCCACAGCAAGUUGUUGUUACGCGUGUUCUCAGUUUGAAGCUAUCGAGGGAUAUUGUGAAAACUAAGAGUCUGCUCUUCAGCGUUUGUUUCUACUUAUAUUCAAACGGAGAGGACGAACUCUUGGGUUGAAAGGGUCAGGCUUCAGACGCUACGGAAGUGCCAACCUCGCGACUUCACGGCGAUGAAAGGACUGUAAUAACCUUGUGGCCGUCACAAACUGUCAGGCAAAGUGACCUUUGGGUAUUCUGAUGGAGUCAUUAUUCAAACGGCUGAUGCUUCCUGUUGUCAUUGGACUGUGCACAGGGCUCUGUGCAGGAGAAUCAGUGUCAGUCCAUUUCGACGCGUCUGGUGUUAUUUUGAACCACAACUUUACAAAAGAGUUUUAUAUGAAAGACACGAAAGAUUGUGAAGCAUGUCAAGCUCUCGCUGCUCAUAUGACAACAGGGUUCUGGAAAAUGUUCGACUUUUUUGUGCGAGUCAACUUAUUUAAAAAUUCUUCGCUGAUUAACAAGACAUCUGAGGGAGUUUUCUUUAGACCUCCCUCGGUUGGCGGCCCGAAAAUAAAUGCCUCAAAGGAAAAAGAAAUUCCACCUGAUGACCAAAAAGAAGAAAGAGGAGUUUUCUUCAUUAUGGUAAUGCGAUUGGAUCUGGAUGUCAGUAAUACGGCCAGGAAUCUUCACAACCUGAAAGCUAUGAUACAAAACUCAUGUUGGUUGUACCUCAGAACUGUCGUGCAUUUUCAGCUCCACAACGAGGUUCUGUUAAACAGGACGGCAUUUAGUUUUCAGGAAAUAUCCAAGUCCCAGGUCACCGGUUAUCUUAAGCUUUUGAGGCUUAAUAGAAAAGGAACAAGUAACAACAACAACAACAACAACAGCAACGAUAACAAUAAUAAUAACAACAAUAACAAUAACGAUAAUAAUGACAACAACAACAAUAACAGCAACAGCAACAACAAUUGCAAUAAUCAAAAGGCGCUUGCGGCUGCAUCCUGUGUCGGAUUCUACUUAACCGUCGCGGGACCGAUGUUAACGAUAUUGAUUAGAUUUUAGGACUUUCGAGUUUAGUUUCAGGAGACACAUAAAUGACGUUGAAAUAUUCCUCUUUUAUUAACACGCCCUCAAUGCGGGUCCGGAUUAAAUUUAAUGAAAAAGAAGAAAAAGAAGCCGAAUUAAUGAGCGUCCAAAGUACAGCACAAUAGCUGUAAUCAAAACUACCAUUUGAAGUGUUUGCGUGGCUUGAAGCAACAUGUAAUAUUUUAACCCACCUAGCAAUCAACUUUUCAACUUAAUGGUGUCAGUAAUAACUCUGCAAUGGCAAAAAUUCUAAUAAAACUGCGAGGUUUGUCUUUAAAAGUAAAUGAAGUAUACUCCGCAAUGCUAGAGGGGAAAGAUGUCAUGAAGUUGUCUGUCUCUCGUGGAAAAUGUUAUUAGCAGCAUGGUUUAAAGGAUCACAGAGAUUUUGUUUUCAUAAGCACAAUAUGGCUAAUAUUGCGAUAAUAUUGUGGGACAUCUCGACGUUUCUGCGUGUUUGACGACAAUUACUGAAAAAAACAGAGUACAUGGUUUUUCUGUCCUUUUUUUUUUGUAACUUAACUGUGCUGGUAGGGUAACUUCCGACAUAAAUAAUGCACUAGACUAGUGUACUUGACUAGUGUACUAAUAGUCGCUUUGAGAUUCACGAAGAGAAACUAAAUUAUGCAAUGAUAAGGAAGUAAAGGUUGCAUACCAUUAGGGCAAAACUCCGGAAAUUUAUAAGUUGUAAGUCAAAUUGAACUGUAUUUUCCAAACAUCCUUUCUUACAUUAUAAACUACCUCCAAGGGUACUCGUCUUCUUCCGUUCGGAACGAAAUGUCGGAAAUAUCCUUGCCAUUUCUUCUAUCCCCACAGUUUCCAGUCCCCCAGUAACGAAAAAUAAUAAUCCAAAGUUGAAUUUGUAAUAUGGAUAAGUGAUACUACUGCAUCAACAUUUCUCUUUCGGUUGACUUGCUGAUUUUGGAAAAACACUUUCGUUUACCAUUAUUUAAUGGCCAUCCUUAACCGCCGUUCAAUUUGAGAAAUGGUACGAACUGAAAAUAAAACCUCUUAUAGAUUGGAAUAUCGCUUAAAUGGGUAAUAAGUUAGUUUCUUUUCAGUCGACCGUGUCAUGAGUCGACAUACUUGUCGCCUAGAAGUUGAAUAUUUCCGUAAUCGAAUGAAGAGCUACCAUAUUUAUCAUGCAAAAAUGAAAUAGGUACAGAUAAUAUUGUCAUCAUUAAUCUUCACAAGGACAUUAUCUUUUCUGUUUUGUGUCAUUAGGUUUUGUGCUAAGAAGUUUAUUUCAUGUUACAAUGGGAAGUUAUAUAUUACUCUGGGGAUUAGAAUUUUUCUUAAUUACA